GCAUCUAAUAUCCUUACCAACUGCCAAGCCCGGAAUCUCGAGCACAAACUUUGUGUGAACAUCCCAUUUUCAUACUCUUUCUUAUAUGUGCCUCUCACUUCUUCCCCUGUUACCAUUCCUUAUUUCUCUCACUUAAUAUUCACACAUGGAUGCAAAUUCUUUUAGGCUCAACAAGGGUUCACCACUAUGUUCAACUCACUUGAACCCCAUCAAACGCGAACCACAACAUCCUUCUGUCGUUGCAAUGCUAAGAACCACACCUUCAGACCACGUUACUGCAAAAACAAAAACUAAUGCCUACAACGAUAACUUGUUUGAUCGCUUAGCAAUAAACCAUCUAUCAAAAAGUGUUCAAGCAGCCACAGGACUCAGCAACAAUAAGAGUGGGUUUGAGAGCUUGGUUGAGGCAGCUACGGUGGCUAAACACAACUUUGACCCUAUUCAGCAGCAAGAGGUUGUCAUUCAAGCUCUUCACAAAGCCUUCCCAAAGCCCAUACUUUCAUUCAUAAAGACAAUACUACGACCAUCUAAACUCUCAAGGGAAUAUUUUGCCGUUUUCACGACUUUGUUCUUUGCUUGGUUAGUCGGACCUUCCGAGGUGAGAGAAUCGGAGGUCAACGGGCGAAGGGAAAAAAAUAUAGUCUACGUCAAAAAAUGCAGGUUUUUAGAGGAGACAAAUUGUGUAGGGAUGUGUAUUAAUCUCUGCAAAAUGCCAUCUCAGAAGUUUAUAAAGGACUCUCUUGGUAUGUCAGUCAACAUGGUCCCCAAUUUUGAUGACAUGAGUUGUGAGAUGAUAUUUGGACAGGAUCCUCCAGCACAAAUUGAUGAUCCAGCACUGAAGCAACCAUGCUAUAAACUAUGUAAUUAUUUCAUUGCAAGAUUGAUCGCAUUUAUUCAUGAUCAUGUUAUUAUGGAGACUACCAAUUCUAUUUUUGGUCUGCCAAGUGUUAAGGCAAGGCAUAUAAAAACCAUGGAACAGACUGCCUCAGUAGUUAAUGCAGAGGGAAUGGAAUAUAGAAGGACUGAUUUAAGAAGAGAACAUCACUCUAUACACCAUUAUCAGUUACGUUAUUUGAAUGUACUUUUUUCUUCCCUGGAUGAUAAGCAGUUUUUUUGGUGUGCACUAGCCAAAUUUUGAUUUGAAUAUCUGAUUUAACAAUGUUAGAUAAUGGGUGUAUGUCUAUUAAAACUGAGCUACUAUUUAUAUUAUAUUAAACAAUAAAUAAAAUAAUGUUACAUGUUACUGA